AUGCAAUCGACUAUGUUUAUGCCUGCUGGUAAUGUUGUAAAUUCAGUUGGUGGACCUGCUAUGGGAGGUGGUGCUGGACUAGAUGUGGUUCAUGGCAAUGUAGGAAAUAGCGGCACUGUUAGUGGUGGAGCUGCUGUUACCGGAACUAGUGCUGCUGGUGGUAGUGGUGUAGGUGUUGUGCCUGGAGUCGGUGCUGUUGGUGCAGCCCCUGGUGUUGGUAUCGCUCCUAAUUCUGUUGGUGGCAACCCAAGUGGGAAUGGUGAGACUCAUGCUCUAGAUGAUCCUAAUGUGUACCAUUGGAUAUGUCAAUUGACUUAUGGCCCUCAAAAAGAACAGGCAAUGCUGGAAUUGGGAAGGAAAAGAGAACAAUUUGAUGAUUUGGCGAUGGUUAUUUGGUCCUCAUUUGGUGUGAUGACCUCUCUAUUGAACGAAAUUAUAUCAGUUUAUCCAAUGUUACAACCUAAUUUACUAUCGAACCAAUUAUCUAAUAGAGUAUGUAACGCGUUAGUCUUGCUACAAUGUGUUGCUUCGCAUCCAGAGACAAAGCAUUUAUUUUUGCAAGCACAUAUCCCAUUAUUUUUAUUCCCAUUUUUGAAUACUACCUCUAGACAAAGGACUUUUGAAUAUUUGAGAUUGACUUCAUUGGGUGUCAUUGGUGCAUUAGUUAAAAAUGAUUCUCAUGAAGUGAUAAGUUUCCUACUAAGAACCGACAUCAUUCCAUUAUGUUUAAGAAUAAUGGAGACUUCAUCUGAACUAUCCAAGACUGUGGCGAUUUUCAUUUUACAAAAAAUUUUAUUAGACGAUGUUGGGUUGCAAUACAUUUGUGCAACUUUAGAAAGAUUCUAUGCUGUAACUAAUGUACUAAAGAAUAUGGUUGAUCAAUUGACUUCGCAAACACCUCCAGGAAGACUAUUAAAGCAUAUAAUCAGAUGUUAUUUGAGAUUAAGUGAUAACUUAGAGGCAAGAAGGCUAUUAAAAAUUGUAUUACCCGAAAGAUUGAGAGACAAUACUUUUACUGAAGUAUUGAAAGAUGAUGUGGGAUCCAAAAGAUGUCUGGCACAAUUGUUAUUAACGUUGAAUGAAGACCAACAGAUGCCAAUUUCAACUGCCCAACAACAGCAGCAGCAGCAACAACAACAAAUGCAACCAUUGCCACAAGGAAAGGCACCACAGUCAUAUCCACAACCUCCACGUAUGUGA